UUUUUUUUCAUUAAAAAAAAAAUAGUGAAAAUUGAAUCUUUAUUAGUGAUUUUUAUUUUAUAGAGACGAAAGAAUCUUGAUAACUGCAUAUGCGUGAAGGACUCUUUUAUCUUCAAUUUCAUACAAAUAGUAGAAGAAACCCCAUGACGAUAUUAUAAAGUGACUUUGAUUUGUAUUAAGCAAUUAUUUAGGCGAUGUUUGUGCUAGAGACUACAAAAAUCUUGACAACUCUGUUGCCAUAUCUUUAAAUAAAAUUUAUUAUUUUAAUAAUACAUGAUAAGCCAUUAUACAAAAAAAAAAAUUAAAUUAAAUGCUACUAACAUACUUCAUAGAUCUUCAAGUUUUUUUUAUCAUAAUGAAGGUGUGUCAAUUUAUCCACGUGCUAAAGGAAGCCAUGAAUUUAUUUGCCUGAUUUUUAUUAGUCUAUAACUUCAUUGAUAUUAUAUUGUUUAUUACUAGUAUAGUAGUACAUGCGUAACUUGCCAAGGCAUCGCAAUGUCAGUGAGAACAAAAAUCAAACACCUCCCGUGCACCAAAUCCCUCCACCGUAUCUCCCGCCUCCGCCACCGCCACUGCCACCUCAACGGAAACGGCAAUUCGAUUCCAGCAGAAGACCCUCAUUCGCUCCUCAAGGAAGAUCCAUUGGAAAUCCUUUCUAAUCUGUGGAUCAAAACUUUUUCUCAACCCCAAAAUCCCUUCACUAACCUCACUGGUUUUCUCUCAAAACUCGAUCUCUGGGUCCUCGCUUACCAACGCACAUAUGCUCAUUUCACUGGUUCUUUCCCGCCUCGGAAUGCUCUCCAAUCCCACGUACUAUCCGACCUCUUAUCCCUCCGCAAUACAGUCAUCCGUGGGAACUUCCUUUGGCAUACAAAAAUCCGCCAAAUUAUUCGUGGCCCUAAUGAAGUACCCAUUACAGACCAGCUCUCCAGGCGUCAGCUCCAAUCUAUACUCACAUCCAAAACGCCGCCGUUUCAGGAUUUUGUGGUACAGCAAGCUUUACUUAUGAUAUUUGAACCCAUUUUUGAGCCUAGGUUUUCAUCAAAAUCACAUGCUUUUCGUCCUGGUAGGAAUCCCCAUACUGUUAUUAGGACCAUUAGAAGUAAUUUUGCUGGUUAUUUGUGGUUUCUCAAAGCUGAUAUUAGCGAGGUUCUUGAUAAUGUUGAUGUUGAUGUCGUUAUGGCUAGUCUCGAAAAAGCUAUUAAGGAUAAGAAAGUGUUGAGCUUGGUAAAAUCGGGGUUGAAAGCGAGUCGGCAGGGUGAAGGAGACGAAGAUGAAAAGGAUUGCAGGAAGAGAAAGAAGGGGCAGACAAAAAAGAGGAUUUUAAAUGAGAAUGAGCCGAGGCCGGACCCUUAUUGGUUGAGGACAUUCUUUGAUUUUGCUCCGCAGGAGGCUGCCAAGAUACCCAAUUAUGGUGGUUGUGGAAUUCUUAGUCCUUUGUUGGCUAAUGUAUGUCUUAAUGAGCUUGAUCAUAUGAUGGAACAGAAAACAGUUGAAUUUUUUAGGCCGUGUGAGCGAGACACAAUAUGGAAAUACUCUAUGGAUGAUGGUUGUCAUAACCCUGCUUGGCCUGAGUUUGUUCCUUCGAGUGGAAAAGACAAGACGAGGAAGAUGGACUUUAUUAGGUAUGGGGGUCAUUUCUUGGUUGGGAUUCGAGGGCCUAGACAAGAUGCCGUGGAAACGAGGAAAGAGAUAAUCGAAUUUUGUGAGAAGAUUUUGGGGGUCAGGUUGGACAAUUCAAAAAUAGAGAUUGAGCAUAUUUCUAGGGGAAUUCAGUUCCUGGAUCAUAUUAUUUGUCGUCGUGUUAUUUAUCCAACUCUGCGUUACACAGCCAGUGGUGGUAAUAUAGUGAGUGAGAAUGGUGUAGGGACUCUGCUUUCAGUCUCUGCUAGCUUGCAACAAUGUAUUCGCCAGUUUCGAAAGCUCAAGCUUGUGAAAGGUGAUAGGGAUCCAGAGCCACUGCCUUGCACACCAAUGCUUUACUCUGGUCAAGCUCAUACCAAUUCUCAAAUGAACAAAUUCCUUGAGACAAUGGCUGAUUGGUUUAGAUAUGCAGAUAAUAGGAGAAAAGUUGUUGGCUUUUGUGCAUAUGUGGUUCGGAGCUCUCUUGCUAAGUUAUAUGCUGCCAGGUAUAGGCUGAAAUCUCGUGCAAAGGUUUAUAAGAUUGCCUCGCGUGAUUUGAGCCGUCCAUUGAGGGAGCACACCAAUAAUUCUGCACCUGAGUAUUCAGAUCUUUUGAGGAUGGGACUUGUUGAUGCUAUUGAAGGUGUUCAGUUUUCCCACAUGUCUUCAAUCCCGUCAUGUGAUUACACUCCAUUCCCGAGGAAUUGGAUCCCUGAUCAUGAGAAGGUGUUGCAUGAGUAUAUCAACUUACAGGAGCCCAAGGUUUUCUACCAGCUGCACAAGUCAGUUAAACAACAUGGAAUAUGUUUACCUCAAGAUGAGAUAUCUCAUAUUGUUUGGCAGUAUAAGACACUUGGGGUGCGGAGCUUGUCACAGAAGUUAUGUGGUGACAAAGGGAUGGAAAAUGCUUAUGAGAAAGUAAUGGUGGCAUCAUCAUGAACGUGGCAUGAGAUGUGAAAGUUUAACAACAUAUAUUGCUAUUGAUGGUGCCAACUGACUUCUUGUUUUUCUGAAGCCAGAUGGUCAAUGUCUAUCUUGUGUUGGAUAAUAUUAAAGUUGGAAGUUGACCUUAUUUCACAAUCCCCGAGAGCAGAUUAAGCUUGAUUACAGUGAACAGAUGGCUUUAUAAAGCUUUUCCAAUGUUGUCUCACAUUUAAUGGGCAUGUCGUUUACCAGAGCGGCACGAGCAACAAUAGUAGGCUUCAAGUUGGUCUGAGGCACAAUUUUGAGUCCAUGGAAAGGUUUACUGCCAAAUCCUUGAAGGUGUAUGGGGAGUUUUUGCAACGCAUUGAAGAGGAUAAUCUGGAUUGAAUUGCAUGAGAAAUUGUUAUUGCAUUACCUUGAAAAAGUUAUGCCUUCUGUUGCAGGUUAUUGAACUUCCAGAGGGGGACAAUGUGAAAUGGAGCAACAGAAACUUUGUAAGCUUUCUCUGCUCUUGCUUUAGCAGCAUCAGCUUGAUCAGUUUCAGUUGUGAAGUGGGGUUUAUUUAUCUGAUGUACUGAUGUGCCUGUAACUGUAGCGUCAAAGAAAUUUAAAAUUGUGAUGUUUGUAUUACUCCGAAUAUUUCUGUCUUGUGCUGAGGAUGUUGACAACGGAAGAGGGGUGUCAUUUGAUUUUUUUUUUUUUAAAAGGGCAGCCCACUGAAGCUAUCGCUAUGCACGGUGUCCGGGGAAGGGUCCCAUCACAAGGGUGUAUUGUACGCAGCCUUACUUGCAUUUCUGCCAGGGGUGUCAUUUGAUUAAAGGCCUAAAAUUCUUCUCCCUGUAGCUUAAUCCUGUACUUGAAUUUUGAGAUUGUCAACUAGAAUUAUUUGAUCAACUGUUUUUGCUUGUUAA